ACAAAGAAGAGAAGGGUUGACCCUGUCUGAAAAAGAUUAGGCUUUUGCAGGGUAAGUGACUUCAGAGCUAGGGCAGAACAAUAAGAUUUGUCCAGGUGAGAAAAUGAUGUGUGGGGAGAGGGAACAAUAUGGAGAGAGGUAAAGGAGCUGAAAAGUCUGAAAAUAUGGUACUGUGUUAUGGGGUUGCGACUCUUCCAUUAUAGCUAAAAUGUGGAACGCUGGGGCUGAAGGAUGGUGGGACAUUGGCUAGAAAGGAAGAGUCAGGGCUAACUCAGGAAUCUGACUUUGUCCUGAAGACUUUUUUGUUCUUAAAGAAGAAUGACGUGAUCUAAUGUAUGUUUUAGAAAGACCUUUCUGGUAGCUAAUGAGAGGUAGACAUAUUCCCUGCAUUUAUGGAGUUCAAGGACUACUAGGGGAAACAAGUAUUAAUCAAGAAAUCAUAAUUAUAAACUCUCAUUGAACGAAAGAAAUGCCAUGCUAUGAGAGCAAUUUAUAUAUAACAGGGGUAGCAGACCAAGUCCAAAUGUCAGGGAAGGUUUCCCCUAGGAAAUAAUUUCUGGAGGUUUUUCUUCUUCUUCCCUUCUUACACACACCCCUCCCUCAAGCCUCACCAUUAAACUUCACAGUUAAAGGCAAUGUAAAAUAUCUUUAUUUGAGAGAAACCCAGGACUGUGUAUACAUACUCAUAUGCAUUUGUAAACCUCCCCAAAUGAUUCACCCUGACAUUUCUAUGUGUCUAGUCUGUAUUAUCCUUUCAUUGAUAUUAUCUGACUUGUAUACUGACCCCAACCUUGUGAGGUAGGCCAGCAAGUAUGACUAUCUACAUCUUAUUGAAGAAUCUGAGUCUCAGAGAGGUUAGGUAAUUUGCCUAAAAUCUCAUGACUAAUGGUAGAGCUGACAUUUGAAUCCAGGUCUUGUAACGCCUAGGUGGAAUUAUUUUUUUUAAGCUGUUUUGUUUUGUUUUUCUUUUUUCAAUUAGUAAAGAUCCCAACAGGUGGCCACACCUAUGUUUUAAAUUUUUUUAAUUUAAUUUAAUUUUUUUGGCUGUACUGUGCAGCAUGCAGGAUCUUAGUUCCCCAGCCAGGGAUCAAACCUGUGCCCCUUGCAUUAUGAGCACGGAGUCUUAACCACUGGAUUGCCAGGGAAGUCCCUAGCUGGUAUUAUUCUUGCAAUGUUCAUUCUUUCAUUUGUUCAUUGAUCCAUCAAACAUGUGCUGAUAACCUUCUGAGUGUCCGGCUAUGUGUGAAGCAAUUGAGAGCCAGUAAGUUUUUAAGCAGGAAAGCAGCUUGAUCCAAUUUACUUUUGAGAACCCUCUUUUGGCUGAGAGGACAGAAAGUGGUGGUUUUCAAAGUAUGGUCCGAGACCACAUACUGGGUCAGAGGCUCUGGGGUUGGGGCUCAGGAAUGCUACGAUCAGCCAGGUUUGGGUAUUCUUUUUUGAUUCUAAUGCAAUAGAAAGCACUAUAUUAGAGAAGGCGGUGGUGCAACCAGUUAUUGUGACUAAGGUAGUGGCUGUAGUAACCAGGUGAGAAAUGAUGAGGAACAGAGGACAGAGGACAGAGGAAUGGGAACUAGGGGACAGAGGAACGGAGGCAAAGGCAUGCACUUGAGAGUCAUUUAGAUAGCAUGGGCAGGGCUUCUCACUCCACCCUUAGCUCAGACAGUAGCUGAGAAGUGGAGCUGGAAUUCCUACCUGGGUCCUCUGGCUACAGAGCUUGUGGGCUUUCCUGCACAUAGCCAUUUAUAGCCACUUUGUGGUUUUAAAUAUUUUAUAUUUAAUUAUCUUAGCAUUUGUUUUGCAAAUCUCCAUCUUAUCUCAAACUGCCUUCAAGCCUUGUAUUUCUCCCUCACUUUCAUAAAGACUAGGAGAGAAAUAAGUAAGACCUUAAAGUUUUAAAAGAUUUAUUUGCUUGGGGCUGGGUAUACAGGCAAGGAAAAAGUAGAUUUGAUUAGAUAAGCACAGACUAGGGGAGAACCGCAGGACACUGGGAGAUGCACUGCAUCUCCUCUUCUAUAAAUCCCAGGAGGUCUCCAGGAAACCUGAAGACAAUAAUCCCAGAAGCUCAGAGGGUGACCCCAUUCCCUCCCCAGGGUUAUUACUGGGUGUCAGGCUGGAGCAGUUCAGGAAUUCAGGAAACUGUAAAGAAACCACAACAGCCUCAACAAACAUCAACUAUCUCCACAAUAAAACUCAUUAUAAUUCAUCUCCCUCCCACCCACAACUACAGACCUGAGGAAGGCAGGUGGUACUACGGGAGGGGCUCUUUGCUGCUCCUUCCCCAGCCUGACCCAGCCUCAUCCCAGGCCUGGUUUUCCCAGCGUCUCGGGGAGGUGGGAAACUGACACCCCUAUGUCUGGCACCAGAGACUGAGGACACCUCCAUUCUCUGCUCACUGCCAGGUAGGUCAGGAUUAAAGCAAACUGAGGCCAAAGUUAUAGUCAGCAGUGCCAGGUGAAGCCUGGACUGUCUCGGUAACUAGCAAGGCCACAAUGGCUAAGCCAAGCAGGUAGGAGUGGAAGUGUUGGGGGGAGAAAAAGAUGGGAAGGUGGGCGUGGCGAAGGCCAACUGUAGUGCGAGUCUUCUGGGGGAGCCUCAUCCAUUGAAUGACCAAUCAGAGAGCGGGCUGCAGCCCAGGGGUGGGACAGGGGUGUAUCUUGGUCGAGAUUGGAUAAUGGCCGGGCGCAGGGAGGGGGCCGCGAGCCUCCGAGGCCUGCCGCUGGGCAAUUCCGCGUUAUAUACCGCAGCUGCGGCGGUGGUGGAAGCCGGCUGGACUGCAAGCGCACGUGCCUGGAUCUGACGCUCUUCGGCUUGCCGCGUAGUUCCUUGGGUUCUGGGUCUGGUCAGUCCUGCCCCAAGGUUCGCUCCAUCCUCGGUCCCCUAACUCUCGACCAGCUCCCUAAGCUCCCGACCUCAGCAUCUGCAGAACGAAAUGGUCACAGCCAUGAAUGUCUCAGAUGAAGUAGAGCAGAUGUUCCAGCCCUACAACUUCGAGCUGUUCCAGGACAUAAGGCCCGUUUUGGAGGAGUACUGGGCAACCUCAUUCACCAUAGCUCUGAUCUACCUGCUGCUCAUCUUUGUGGGGCAGAACUACAUGAAGGCAUGGAAGGGCUUCAACCUGCAGGGACCUCUCAUCCUUUGGUCAUUCUGCCUUGCAAUCUUCAGUAUCCUUGGGGCAGUGAGGACAUGGGGCUAUAUGGGGACUGUGCUACUUAGGGGGAGCCUAAAGAAAACUGUAUGCUUCUUCAUCUUCACCGAUAAUCCCAUAAUCAAAUUCUGAUCCUGCCUCUUUGUUCUCAGCAAGAUCAUUGAACUUGGAGACACGGCCUUCAUCAUCCUGUGUAAGCGGCCACUCCUCUUUGUGCACUGGUACCAUGACAGCACAGAGCUAGUGUACAAGAGCUUUGGAUACAAGAACAAGGUGACUGCAGGCGGCUGGUUCAUGACCAUGAACCACGGUGUACGUUCCAUCAUGUACACCUACUAUACUCUGAAGGCUGCCAGAGUAAAGCCCCCCAGGUGGUUUCCCAUGCUCAUCACCAGCCUGCAAAUCCUGCAGAUGUUUAUGGGAGCCACUGUUGGUAUCCUGACUUACAUCUGGAGACAGGAACAGGGAUGCCAUACCACAAAGGAACACCUCUUCUGGUCCUUCAUCUUGUAUACAACCUAUUUCCUCCUUUUUGUCCAGUUCUUCCACCAAAACUAUGUAAUUACCAAGGUCAAGGCCAAGACCAAGAGCCAGUGAAGGGUUGGAGAAAAGAAGGAGCCCCGAGCUCUCUCCUCUCCAGGGCAUUGAGGGGCUGAGCUUAGGUUUGGGAAAAUAAUUAGGAUGCCUUUUCUGCAUGGUUUCCCCACGGGAUGUGUACCCCAAGGUGGCAGGAGGUUAUGACAGUCAAGAAGUGUCACCCCUGGGGUGGGGGUGUGAUCUAGUACUUUGCUGUUUCUGUUUUUAAUGUGAAGGUCAAACAGUCCCUGGGAUGGAGUGGGACUGAGGAGGCUUCCCAGAGCUGAGUGAUCUAUAUUUCCAGAAAUAUUUUUUCUUCUUGGUCUAUUUUUUAAAUUAAAGAUUUCAACAAGG